UUUACAAAUGUGUGACACAGUUAAAAGUACGUACUCGCAGUGCCUAUGAAGUGUAGUUGUGGUUUGAAUGCUGGUUCGGCAAUGAAAAUGAAACCAUCCAGAAAAUCGUAAACCUCCUCCCCGAGCAGCGCAUCUUAAUUCACGCGAAAAACGUGUGUGCCAACCAUGUGUUGGUUGUUAAUAAUCGAGCAUUAAAAAUAGAUUCAACAACACACUACUAAUCCGUUCAAUACACCCGCCAGAAGGCGUCCAUACAAGAACGAACGCGAAAACGACGACGUCAGACGACAGUCGGAUAAACUCGAUAAAUUGCUGAAUGGUGCUGUGGUGUGAAGCAUGAUGUUCAAUUAGCAUUUGAAAAGCAAACCCGAGUAGCAGCAGUGCCGGAGGGGAAAACCGAUGAAGCCGCAAUCGGUUCGAUCCGGGCGCGCAGUGUAGGACAAACCUUCAGGAUCGACGGACCACGGUGCAUCCCGGAGUCGUGACUUACGUGCCAGUAGUUUAGUGCAAACCCCAGGAAGACAGUUAGUCCGAGACGAGGACCACACCAAUUAAGGACGAACACCGGCAGAGACAACGAUCGAGAGCAACAUGAGUUUCUGCAACAGCAGCUGGGAUGUGAAAAUCUACAUCGUGACCUGGAACGUGAGCACCAAGUUUCCGGAAAACAUUUCGCUCAACAAACUGCUCGGCCUGGAGAACCGACCGGAACAGGACACACACCUUCCGGAUUUUUUCGUGAUUGGGUUGCAAGAGGUAAACGCUCAGCCGCAGAACACGCUGUUCAACCUGUUCAAGGAUGAUCUAUGGACGCAGAAGUUCAAGGAGGUGCUGAAGGAGCGGGACUAUGUCGUUAUCAAGACGGAACAGAUGCAGGGGCUUUUGCUGUCGGUAUUUGCCCGCCGGAAACACCUGCUGCAUCUUCGCCAGGUCGAAACGGAGUACACCCGUACGGGUCUCGGUGGAAUCUGGGGCAACAAGGGAGCGGUCAGCAUACGGUUGAACGUGUACGGUAGCUCAAUCUGUCUGGUGAACUCCCACCUGCCCGCACACGACCAUAUGCUGGAGGAGCGUAUUAGCGACUACGAACGUAUCGUGCAGGAGCAGAAAUUCCACAUCAAGGCGAAGGAGUCCAUUUUUGACCAUGAUUAUGUGUUCUGGUUCGGUGACCUGAACUUCCGACUGACCGGUGAAGCGACGACGUCCGCCGAUGAAAUCCGUGCCAUGGUGGCUCGCGACGAGCUGAAGCAGCUGAUCGAAAAGGACCAGCUGUUACUAGUGCGCCGCGAAGGCCGCGCGUUCCAGAAGCUCCAGGAACGGUUGCCUCAGUUUCCGCCGACGUUCAAGUUCGAGCAUGGCACGAGCGAGUAUGACAUGAAACGACGACCCGCCUGGACCGAUCGGAUAUUGUACGCCGUGAAUGAGAACAACUACCGCAACGUGCGGCUUACGGUGGAGCAAACCUCCUACAAGAGCCAUCCGAGCUACAGUAUUAGCGACCACAAGCCGGUCACCAGUGAGUUUACCCUCAAGAUCAGUCGUAAAUCCCAGUACAAUGCUGAACACUUCCGGAAGUAUCACAAUAAUCGGCUCAGUUAUAAGCUCGCCAUGGCUAACAAUACCGAUAUUCACUCUUUCGACGAUAUCGUCGCGGAUCUGACCGACGGACAGGUGUACGAGGACACGACCGAGCGUACGAUCACCUUCCGGCCGAUCGACCUAUGGCUCGUUGGGGAACCGAACACGAUCGAGUACGUCAUUCCGACUGGUUUCGAGGAGAGCAAUGCCGACUGGAUCGGAAUCUAUCGGGAAAACUUCACUAGUCUGAGCGAAUACCUUGCGUACGAGUAUACGGAAACGUACAAGGAUAAGCAGCACCAGCUGAACGAGCAGCAAAUUCAGCAUCUGCAAAACACACGCACCGUGCAGCUGACCUUCUCCGAGAAUGUCAGCCUCCCGCUAGGGGAACGCUACCAGCUGCUCUACUUCCAGAGCACCGGUACGCGUGGUGUUACCGGUCUCGUCGGUAUCAGUGAACCAUUCGCGGUCGAGAAGCGCUGCCCGUCGCCCUCCUUCGACGAUAUCGAUUGAUUGCACCGGGUGAAACGCUACUAACAGAACCCCGAUCGAUAUCCGGACGUCCCUCACGAAAAAAAAUCGCUGGGGAAAUCCGAUGAUCGACCGGUGGUUUCCUCGCCCGGUGGUCAAUCACAGUUCGUUACCGAAACCUUCUUACGGUAUAGGUUUCGGGACACGUAUUACAAUGGUUAAUUCGUUCUUUUUAAACAAAACAUUUACAACCGUUGUCGGUUAGAAUUAUCUUCCAAUAUUUCAAACAAUACCAUCAAAAUGAAAUGGUGAAAGGAUUUCCCCGUCCCGGUCACCGUUAUCAGAGCGCCAUACAUUGUCUGCAAGCGAAGGUUUGUCGGAAUCAAAGAAAUUCACACUUUAUCAGGAUGGAGGCCUUACUGCGUAAGCUUACCUAGAUUAAUGCAAUUAAACACUUUAACUCACGGUGCACUUACACAUCGAUCAGUUCAAUUCAGCUAUAUGAUAUCAGUGCUGAUAUCUGAUCUUGUUUAUGAGCACCAUAUAGCUGCCGCCAAACUAUUAUCAACAGAACUUAUCGCUUGCAAAAAUAGCAUUAUCAAACAUUCGAUUUUUCAAUUUAGACCGCCUUAGAGCGACUGGUGUGCAGGGUGAAUUACGUAACCGAUUGAUUGUUCAACAUGUUUUACCUUAAGUAAGCAACAGUUUACUGUUAGCAAUUUUGUGAAGAGUUUUAUUUGGUUCAUUUUAUUUUUUUAUUUUUGUUUCUGUUAUAA